AUGAGGGCCUUCGAAUCAGGUGAUCAUGCACCAGGAUUCAAGGACAUUAACUUGGGACUGGACAGUCCACCUGUGCAGAGGAGCUUGGGCCUCAGAUGGGAUCUCUCUGCUGACUCCUUCGGUUUUCAGAUAAGUUGCGCAGACAAGCCAUUUACAAAACGAGGCGUCCUAUCAGUGGUAAACAGCCUAUUUGAUCCGCUGGGAUUUGUAGCGCCCAUCACCAUACAAGGUAAAUCUCUACUGAGACAGUUUUCUGAAACAGUCAAGGAUUGGGAUACCCCACUUCCCUCCGAGAAAGAGCAAAAAUGGGAAGCCUGGAAGCGAUCCUUGUGUGCCUUGGAUGAGAUCCAUAUCCCGAGAUGCUAUGUUAAAACCUCACUUUCCUCUAGCAUAAAGAAAGAACUCCACGUGUUCUCGGACGCCUCCACGGAGGCCAUCGCAGCGGUUGCCUAUCUGAAGGUGACUGAACCCAACAACCAGAAUCACGUUGGAUUUGUCUUUGGUAAGGCUAAGUUAGCCCCUAAGCCCGAUCAUACUAUUCCCAGACUGGAACUUUGUGGGACUGUGUUGGCAGUGGAGAUUGCGGAUUUCAUACAACAAGAACUGGGUGUCGACAUAGCUGAAGUCCAGUAUUACACCGACAGUAAGGUCGUUUUGGGUUACAUCCACAAUCGGACCAAGCGAUUUUAUGUGUACGUUAGUAACCGCAUAGAGAGAAUCAGGAGAUCCUCCAAACCUGAACAAUGGCACUACGUACCAUCCGAACUUAAUCCAGCAGAUCACGCCACUAGGCCUAUGUCUAUAGGUUCCUUUACUAACUCUACUUGGCUUACAGGUCCAGAGUUUCUGCUUGGAGAGGCAGACGAAUGUGUACAGGAAGCUUUCAGCAUCCAGGAUCCGGAUAAUGAUCCAGAAAUCCGCGCUGAAGUUAGUGCGUUAGUCACUGGAACAAAGCAAACCGCCAGCUUCGGUUGUCAGCGCUUCGAGCGUUUCUCCAGUUGGAUGAGACUCGUCAGAACUAUUGCAAGCGUCUCAGGUAUGACGGAUAAAAAGCAGCUGAGAGUGGACCUUCGUGCAGACAGUCUUCUUGGGACAUAA